UAUCCCAACAUGCGCCGUCGCUUUAGUCUCGACUCGUAUGGACUGCAGUGCAGUCGAUUCGCCUCCACAAAGAAAUCACGAAGAAAGAAAAUCAUUGCCAAACUUGAUCUUUCACGCUCCACUUAAUUGCGAAAAGUGCAAUUCAAACUUCCAGUAACAACUUGAUUGAAAAUUGUGCGGUGUGGGUGGGUCCAUCUCCGGAACGAACCCUGUUAAACGCUUCCAGCAUUUUCAUAGCGGAACAUAUAGUUGUAGGCCUGCACGAAAUCAUCUUUAACGACCUUGGGGAAAUCAAGUUGAAGAAAUUAUUUGAUCACUUAAAAACUCAAAUACAUUACAUACGUAAAACAAAUAGACAAUAAUAAAAUUCUGAGAUUUUGUAUUAGGCAUUUAAUUUGUCCAAAAUUUCGAUCAAACACGGUGUAUUUUGUUUGUGAGUUUAAUUGAUUGUAAAAUUCACCUCGCAAGUGUUGUGCCGUUGAUGAGUUGUGAAACCUAUAUAUUUACAAGUGCUUAAGCACUUUAAUUGUUUGGUUGAAUCAGUUAUAUGAUCAACUUGUUACGUACAGUUUUAGAGCCAAACAAUUCAUUUAACAAUUUCCGGCGACUGUGUAGUGUACACUAGCCAAACAAAUGCCAAUAAUAAUGUAUGUAAGGAGCCGGACUAAAUGCAGAUUGUGGUAAUUUGGACAGAAAAUAAGACGUAUAUAAACUAAUAAAAGAAGGUGGUGAUUAUUGAAUGAAACUUAUGGAUGGAGUUAAUUACUGAUUGAAAAUCUUACUAAAAUUACACCACCAACGACCUUGAGUGGGUGCAGAUAUUGACCCAGUUUUAGCACAUGAAUUGAAUGGAGCUGUCGUGACAUGAGGACAAAGUGAGCGUGGCCAAUUCUAAAUAACCACCAACAACACCACCUUCAAAAAUGAUGCUAAAACGGAACACCAAAGUGUUUGUGCUGAUUGCUGUGAUAUGGUUGUGUGGCGUGCUGUACUUCACCACAAGUACGAGAAACACCAAUCGAGAAGAUUCCCAAGGGAAUUUCAACAAGGAGAGCGUGGCAGAGUCCUUGUUGGGAGGAGGGGACACUGCAGGAUCGUCCGAAGCUAUUUCAAACGUUAACUUUGGUGGCGUCGGACUUCAGCAUACGAGUGAGCGAGAACAUAGUUCCAACUCUUUGCGAUAUAGAGAUGUGGCGGCAGGACCGUUGGGCGUGGGGAGCAGCACCACGAGUACCAGUACUUAUUCCUCUAAGUCAAAAUAUGACGUUGUGAUGGACUCUUCACGCAGGAAGGACACAUGGAUGACACACUCUCAAGCCAACACUUACACUGACCCCCAUCGCCCUCCCAGAACUGGGGCAGUCGUUGACCCUUUCGAACUCUUUGAUAAGGAGGCUUAUCUCUCGGGUGACAGAGUGACAGAGGGUCAAGACGCGUAUGGGAAAACCAAGUUUAACCAAUUGGCCUCUGACAAUCUGCCCCUUGACAGAGAUAUUCCCGACACGAGGAACCAGUUGUGUCGGCCAAAGGAGUACGAUGUGUCCAGCCUGCAGCCAACUUCCGUAAUAAUAACUUUUCACAAUGAGGCAAGAUCAACGCUCCUCCGGACAAUUGUUUCAGUUCUGAACAGAAGUCCUGCAGAGCUAAUUGAAGAAAUCAUCCUCGUCGAUGACGCGUCUCCAAAUCCCCAAGAUGGAUCUCUUUUAGAUAAAAUUCACAAAGUCAAAGUUCUUCGAAAUGAUAAGCGAGAAGGUUUGAUGAGAAGCAGGGUGAAAGGUGCAGAUGCGGCAUCCGCUCCGAUCUUAACCUUUCUGGACAGCCAUUGUGAAUGCAAUACGGGAUGGUUGGAACCACUGUUGAAUCUAGUCAGUCAUAAUCGCACCCAUGUGGUUAGCCCCGUAAUUGAUGUAAUAAACAUGGAUGACUUCCGAUACGUCGCUGCUUCCGCCGAGCUUCGAGGAGGGUUUGAGUGGAAUCUUGUGUUCAAAUGGGAGUACCUCAGUCCUCCUGAUCGUCGAGAUUUUGCCAAAGAUCCCACGAGGAUCAUUCGGACGCCAAUUAUUGCGGGUGGUCUCUUUUCUAUAAAUCGGGAGUACUUUAAUGAACUCGGGAAAUAUGACGUUCAAAUGGACAUCUGGGGUGGUGAGAACUUGGAAAUUAGUUUCCGAGUCUGGCAGUGCGGUGGAACAUUAGAAAUUGUGCCAUGCUCGAGAGUAGGACAUGUCUUCAGGAAACAACACCCAUACUCAUUCCCAGGGGGUUCGGGGGCAGUUUUUGCUAAAAAUACUCGGAGAGCCGCAGAAGUGUGGAUGGACGGAUAUAAAGAGUUGUACUACGCCAAAGUGCCACUUGCAAAAGCUGUGCCGUUCGGCAGCAUCGAUGAUCGGAUGGCGAUUAGAGAAAGACUUCAAUGCAAGCCUUUCAAAUGGUACUUGAAGAACGUGUACCCAGAUCUCAAGGUUCCGCAGCUGAUGGUUGUGCGUCAGGGGUCGAUUCAACAAGGUCAUCGGUGUAUCGACACAAUGGGAAAAUCAGUGUACCGCACAGCAGAACCUGCCCAAGUCUUUCAGUGUCAUGGAGCAGGAGGCAACCAGGAUUGGUCACUCACCAAAGAAGGUCAGAUUCAGCAUGAUGAUAUUUGUCUGUCAAUGCCUGCCUCCCUCUUCAUUGGAGCCCCAGUCGUAUUUCAAAGCUGUGACCAAGCCAGCAAGUGGUACUUCAACAAGGACGAGUUGAUACAGAGUCAAGACAAGCCUGGAUUUUGCGUGUCUGCCACACCCGACUCCAAUGACCUCGUGUUUGCGAUCUGUGACCAAGAUGACUACCUCCAGAAGUUCGAGUUUGAUUAAUUCCACAACACCUCAUGUCAUCAACCGACUAAUUUCUGCUACGGAGGAUUACUCAAGUCUGGCAAGACGCAUUUCAUCAAAGAUAUUAAAUUUGUACGCCAACUGCCAAGCAGCUAUUACUAUAUUACUCUUCGUGCUACCACUUUGUGUAAUAAAUUCAAGUUCAUUCAAGUUGAGUGCUGCGAGGUCCGAAAAAUUGGGACUCCAGUGCGUUUGACUACCCUCCAUCAUAUUUUUCAGACAAAUACCCCCACUUGUGAUAUACCUAUUGUUACUAUUGUUGAGAGAGUAAUGAGUGAAUGCAGUGAUAACAGAAAUGAAGGUGGUACAGAUACACAACUGUGUAUAACAAGUGGAUGAAAAAGAUUGAUUAUUAUUAGUACUAGAUAGUAGGAUUAAUGUGCAUGUACAGUUUGAUAGCUAACCUCGCAUAUGAUAUUACGAAUCGUAAUUUACGAUUCGUCACACAAAUACAAGGGCAGCAUUUACCUGCAACAACGAGAGUCGUAUUUAUGUGGUGACUAUUAUGAAUAAAGUUUUAAAUGGAGUUUCCGUAUAUAAUAAAACAUUUAUAAACGCAAGGAGUGUCUACGAGAGAAAAACAUGGGCCGUUCACUGAACUAUUGAGAUUAUAUUCGCGAUAUUGACAAUGAACUUAUAAAGAAUCUCGAACAAUCUGCUAUUAGCUGAAGCUGCACAAACCAUUUUAUAGUUAAAUAGAAAAGUCAAUAUAUUUAAGUGAUUUAUAUGUAUAAAAAUUGCAGUUUAAUUUACGACGACGUAUCGGAUUCUCAGAUUAUAUAAAAUUAUGUAUAUAAUAUAUAAGCCUUGUUAUAUUUCCUGUUCCAUGAAUGUAUCAUUAUUGUACAUCAUCAUCUUCGAUCUUCACUGUUGAUUUUUUAUUGUCUAAAUAUAUAAUUGCCAAUUUAUUAACAAUGAUGACGUUGAAUCAAUCUUCAAUACGAUAAAAUAAAAUGAAAUGACGAACAAA